UCUCUCUCUCUCACGCACUGCUUUUCUCUCUAAACUUGUAUAUAUACAAAGCUUCUCAGUUCAGUGCACUAUUCAUGGCCGAGAGAUUUCAACCAUAUCAUGUUCCGCAACAAAGCAGAAGAGAUAAGCUGAGAGUUAUAGCCCAAACCCAACCUGGAUGUGUAGAAAAUGUUCAAGAAAGUGCAAAUUUAGUCCAUCUCUACGAUCCAUCACUUAUGUCCUCAGAUUUGAUCAACUGUGCUAACCUACACCAUCAACGCCUCGAUCUUGGUACUACACCCUGCAAGCAGAAUUCAAACGUAGGCACAGUUACUGGUGGCGGUGGUGUUAAAGAAAAGGGCAUGAAUUUGAUGGGUUUUGUUGGAGGAGUGAAUACGAUUAGUACUGCUGCCUCAUCUUCUUCUUCAGCUACAAAUCAUUUGUAUUUGGAUCCACAAUCAUCUGUACAGUUAAGCCCUAGCACUAUUCAAGAUAUUAAUGGCAGCCCAUAUAUCUACACACCCCAAUGCCUCAGAGUUCUUGAUCAGUCAUUUCAUGGUAGUGAAGUGGUGGUGUAUAAACCUGAACCACUGUCAAUAACCCACGAGGCCAACUGUAGUAGUGCAGCAACCUGUCAAGGUUUGUCUUUGUCGUUAUCUUCACAUCACGCUCACCAGAGCAAUCUUCCUCUGGAGCUGAAUCUUCAGAGAUAUGACUAUUCAAUGUUCAGUAGCAACAAGGUCACUGGAGAGUAUUUGGUUGGUGGCAGUAGUUUCGGUGGUGAUGGUGAGGGUUGCGGUGGAGGCGGUGGUGGCCUGGGAGGCUCCACUUCUAAUGAAUUAUCAAGAAGUUCUGUGCCAUUAGGGCCCUUUACUGGUUAUGCUUCUAUCUUGAAGGGUUCAAGAUUCUUGAAGCCUGCUCAACAGUUGUUAGAAGAGCUUUGUUUUGUGAGUAGAGAAAUUUAUGCAGAAACAAUUGCACCUGACUCAACUCUCUUGGAUCUCCCACCGUUGGAAAGUCUGAACGGUGAUGAGGUUGUUGACGAUCCACUGAGUUGCAGUGAUGGUGGCGAACAAACUGGGAAGAAAUCAAGAUUACUUUCAAUGCUUCACGAGGUUUACAGGAGGUACAAGCAAUAUUACCAACAGAUGGUGUCAGUAGUUGCCUCGUUUGAAUCUGUUGCUGGACUAAGCCAUGCAGCGCCAUUUGCAAAUAUGGCUUUAAAAGCCAUGUCUAAACAUUUCAAGUGUUUACGGAAUGUCAUCACUGAUCAGCUGAAGUUCAUAAAAUCUCAUGGUCCACUAAGUUACGAGAGGGAUGGGGCUCAAUUUGGGAAUUCUGGAGGGGGAACUCAGAGCCAAAGACCAUUUGGAUUCAUUGAUCAACCUGUAUGGCGACCUCAAAGAGGACUACCGGAGCGAGCUGUUACUGUUCUGCGGGCCUGGUUGUUCGAACAUUUUUUGCACCCUUAUCCAACUGACACGGACAAGAUAAUGUUAGCGAAACAGACAGGUCUCACAAGGAACCAGGUUUCAAACUGGUUUAUAAAUGCAAGGGUAAGGCUAUGGAAGCCUAUGGUGGAAGAGAUACACAUGCUUGAAACGCGCCAAACCCAAAAAGCUCCUCAAAGAGAGGAACCAAGUGCCAAUCGGCUUAAUGAUAACUUGCCUACAAGUUGUCCGGUUGAAUGUGAAAACUCAUCCAACUCGAUGCAAAGAAUUGAAAAUUUGCAAUCAAAACUCACUGGGAACGACUUAACUGGAACUCAUAUCGGCACCGAGGGGCCGGUGAAUUUUCCAUACGAUAAUUUGUCACAUCAUGUGGGAAUUGGCAUGAGCAGUGCUGGAGGAAGUGGUGGUGUGUCCUUAACUCUUGGUCUCCAUCAGAAUGUAGGUUUCUCAGAGGCCUACCCAGUAAAUGCUGCUCGUCGUUUUGGUCUAGAUAGUGAGGGGUAUGUAGAGAGUGGGUUUGCAGCACAAAAUCGACAGUUUGGAAGGGACAUUAUCGGAGGACAACUUUUGCAUGAUUUUGUUGGUUGAACAUGAUUCUUGUUGGGAUGGUUUGAUCAGUUAUUUGGUGAAUUAAUUGGACGUGCCCUUAUCGACCAUCUAAAAACCAAGAAGCUGUUAAUUAUAUGGUAUGCAUAACUUUAAUCAUAAUUUUUUAGGCAAUUACUCUGGAUACUGAUGUGCAUACCAUUGGUCGAGGAAAUAAACUCCGUUAGUGUGAUUAUUAAGUCGAGUACACCGGAUACAAGGUAAAUCUUGAUCCUUUUGUCAUCUGUACUGUUAAGCAUGUGUAUUAUAAAGCUGAGAAUUGUAAUAGAGAGGUUUUGCUCAAGUCUUCUCACUUAUCUUUGAACAUUGUUAUCCAUGUUAGUGGUUUAGUUCUGCUGGAAUUUGAGCUUUUCAUCCCCUGUCUCUGUUCACAUGUUUUUGACUAGUUUCUUCUUUAUAUAUGUCCAUCUUAUGACA